GAGUUGUUAUGUAUUUGUUUGGAAGUUUCUGUCCUGGGAGGAAGAAGUCGGUGGUCCCAGUGCGUCACCGUGAGGCUCUCAGGAGCGGAGGGGCUCUGCAGAAAAGCCUCUCAGUCACCAGUGAGGCAGGAGCAGCAGGAGCGGGGCGCGGAGCUGCUGCACGCAGCACAUCCUCUGAUGCGUUUUGCAAGCUUUUUCUGGCUGCAUAUGGCACGCGUACUGGAGAUUUAUUUACCGACUUCGCUUGGCACCACACGAUAUAUUCCACGAGGAGGGAAGAUAUGAAGCAUUUUUAUGCUUGAUUAGAGGGGGUGGGAUUUUUUCUUUUUUUUUGUAUAUAUAUAUUUUUUGAAAUUUUAUUCUAUCUCAGUUUUGUUAGAUACUUAAAGUAUUUUUUUUCUUCUUCUUCUUCAAUGUUUAAGGUGAUUUCUUUCCAAAGCGCACAGAGUCACAACCUCUCUCUGUCAUGGAAAACCUCACGGUGGAUGACAUAACUCUAGAGAAUGACACGUCGGUGCCGGACAACCAGACUCUGGGCGUUUGGACCGACAACUCUCUCGAAUACAAGGCGGUCAGCGUGUUCCUGGUGUCCCUCAUCUGCGGCGCGGGGAUCGUGGGCAACGUCAUGGUCAUCCUGGUGGUCCUGACCACCAAGCACAUGCGAACUCCCACCAACUGCUACCUGGUGAGCCUGGCGGCCGCCGACCUCAUGGUGCUGACGGCCGCCGGGCUGCCCAACAUCAGCGACGCCCUGUGCGGGCAGUGGGUGUACGGCUACGCGGGCUGCCUGGGGAUCACCUACUUCCAGUACCUGGGGAUAAACGCGUCCUCCUGCUCCAUCACCGCCUUCACCGUGGAGCGCUACAUCGCCAUCUGCCACCCCAUCAAAGCCCAGUUCCUGUGCACCUUGUCCCGGGCGAAGAAGAUCAUCAUGCUGGUGUGGGCUCUCACCUCGGUCUACUGCGUCAUGUGGCUGUUUCUGUCCGACACCAAAACGUUGGUGUACGACAACGUGGCGCUGCUCACCUGCGCCUACAAGGUGUCCAGGAGCCACUACCUGCCCAUCUACUUCACGGAUUUCGCCGUGUUUUACGUGCUGCCCCUCAUGCUGGCCACGGUGCUGUACGGGCUGAUCGCCAGGAUCCUGUUCCUCAACCCGCUGCCGUCAGACCCGAAGGGCGGCAGCAAGAAGUGGAAGAGGGAAGUGAGCCAGGGCGGCAGGAUGGUCGGCAGCAGCUCCUCCAGCAGCACCACGGCUGCCUCGCGCAGACAGGUGACGAAGAUGCUUGCCGUGGUCGUCGUCCUGUUCGCCCUGCUCUGGAUGCCCUACCGGACCUUAGUGGUGGUCAACUCCUUCCUAGGCAAACCCUACCUGGACACCUGGUUCCUGCUCUUCUGCCGUCUCUGCAUCUACCUAAACAGCGCCAUCAAUCCAGUGAUAUACAACGCCAUGUCGCAAAAGUUCCGCACUGCCUUCAAGAAGCUGUGCCACUGCGGCCCCCAGCGCUUGGAGAAGCCCGCGUCCUACAGCGUGGCUCUCACCUACAGCGUCAUCAAGGAAACGUCCAACGGGGAAAGCCCGGACCACUUCACGACGGAAAUGGACGAGCUGCACUCGCCGUGCGACCAGUGCAUGCCUGCCGGAAUCUUACCGAGUGCCAAAAAGGUGCAGUACGUGGUGGAUGCCUCGCUCUCUGGCAGAGAAGUGAAUGCCUGAGUAGAGACAACUUUUGCGCCCAGAGUAGAUAUCGGAUUCCAACUGAACGUAUUGUUGAGUUUAGUCAGGUUUAAGUUGAAGGCGCUCCGACAUGUCCAGCUUGAGUUCUCUCUCUUGUUCAUAUGUUGUUCGAUGAAACUAAAGUCCAUUUGUUGUCAUGUUUAGUGGGCUUUGAAUAUUUUGCACACAAUAAAUUAAGAGAACAAUUUUGAUUAAUCCAAAAUAGAGGGUAUAUGCAGUUAUGCUUAGUUAUUCAGAGAAAGCCUCAUAUGAGAUGACUAUGGGGAAAACCUGGAAGAUUACUGAUUAGAGGAGUUAAUGCACACAGCAACUCUGUUCUAUGAUAAUCCAUCAAUCUAUUUUUUAUAGCCACUUCAUAUUUGGAGGGUGUUUGUGGAGUACGUUGCCUGUUAUUCGUGAUAAAUAGGCAACAAAGGGAUGUUAAAAGAUACAGACAUACAGUAUACUCUUACCUACGGGGAAUUCAGACAGCCCAAUUACCCCAUCAUGCAUGUUGUUGGGAUGUGUGAGGAACUUGGAGGUAAUCUACACAUGCACAGGGAGAACAAGCUAAUUCCACACCGAAAAGACCCCAGCUGCAAUUUGAACUGAGGAACUCCUUGCUGCGAGCCACUGGGCCACUAUGCAACACUCUUCUGUAAAACACAGUCAAAAUUUGCCUUUGAAAUAGAUAUUUAGAGAUUCCACUGGCAAAAUUUAGCAACGACAUGACCAGUUUGGUUAAAGCUGGUCACCUCUUUAGCCUAUCCUGUCAUUCAUUUAACACAUGGACGAAUGAAUUGAUGACUAUGGUCGCCAUAGAGUGGUCCACAGCGACCACCUGGGGGCCUUUUUAUGUGAUGUUUCAGCUUUAUAAACAAUCAUACUUUUCAGUUGCACUGCUACAACAAAAAUCUUGUUUCCCCCGCCCAAUGUGUGACAUUUCCUCAGCAUCAGAUAAAACCGUAGGACCAUUUGCAGAUGCUAAUACUGAACACAUACGUCGGGGAGGAUUUACCAACUACAGAAUCGUAAUUUUAUUGGUUCCAAAAGAUCCUUUGGUUUAAAUAAUCUCUUCCAAUUGGCCGACUACCACUACAGCUACACAAAUCUCUCAAAACAGUCCAUAAAAUAACAUGUCCUUUUUUUUCUCAGUAUCCAAAUUAUCAUUAGGCAACAGUUUUUGCUUUUUGGAACCCAGAAAAGUUUGUCUUUAGUUUUUUUGAUGCCCCUGUAGAGUUGCAUUCAGUAUUAAUCACCACAGUAUGGGAGUAGUUUGUUCACACCAAUGGAGUAGUUUGCACAGAUAAGUCAGGUGGUGUGUGGCUUAUUUAAUAAGAAGCAACGAUUUAAACCACUACAUUGUUGGGAAUCUCGUCUAAUCCACUGAACCUUUUUAUACACCCCUGAAAGAGUGUUGCUCAAGGCACUUAUGCAUUCACUUCCCUUUUCUGGGUUUUGACCUUAGGCGAACAUCAUUUACACACUCUGCACGUUUGAUACACCAAGCCGAGGGGAAAGCACCACUGCCACCAAGUCUGCUUUGCAGAUUUUUUUUAAUAAAAAAAAAAAAAAAAUUCAAUUUCCAAUACAUGCAUUAUUCACUGAGCUAAUGAGAAAGAAACUCCGGAGCUAAAAGGUGUUGUGACGGAUAAUGUUUUAUUUAACACAGAAUCAGAGACGCAGAUGUUGCAUUUUAACUGCCUCACAUGAAAACGUAAUGCAGAACCUUUCGAGAACUUUUCAUCAAGAUUAAAAUUUUAAUGCCUUAAAACUAAUUAGGUUUGGUAGAAUUUUGAAAUGUAAUUAAUACUUUAGCUGGUUGAAGGUAAUUAAAAAAUUAAAAAAUUUUUCUCCUUGUUAAACACAGAGGAUUUAGUCCAUUGACAUUCCAGUUAAAUGUUUUGUCCAUUUAGCUGAGAUUGCUUUAUUUCAAUGAGUUAGAACUGCGUCAAACAGAAAAAAAA